AAAAAAAAAAGAAAUUUCAAAACUACACAAAUAAAGAUAAAAAAAACCAAAAAGAAAUUUAAACAAUUAAAAAAAGCAAACAAAAAUGAAAGUCAAAGCUCAAUCUGCUUUAGCGCUCUCACUAUCGUCUUUUAUUGUCAAUGCUUUUUCUCUUCAAGAUGAAAAAACUGAUAGCGAAUGUGACUACGCUGCCUGUGAAAAGCUCCACCAUCGCUAUGAAACUGUUCCUCAUCUUUUCUUUUGCAAUACUUUCCAUCCAGCUGAAAUUCCCUACCAUAACUUAGACAGUGAUAUCUCCUCCUGUAUUUCAUGCGGUUAUUGCAAAGUUUGGUUCAAAUAUUCUCCUGCCUUCGUUCAAGCUUUGAAUUGCAAUGGGGAGGUGAUUGACCAUUACUGUACAAGUGAAGACAAAACUUUGAGCUUUACCAAGCGUGACAAUGGUAACAAUAACGGCAACGAAAAUGGUAAUUUCAACGAAGAAGGAGGAGUCAAUGGAAACUCCAACGGAAACGUUAAUGGAAAUGCUAAUCAAGAAGGUGGCGAAAACGGCAAUGGAAAUGGCAAUGAAAACGGAAACAACAAUGAAGAUGGUGGUAUUAAUGGCAAUUCCAAUGGAAAUGAAAAUGGAAAUGAAAAUGGUGCCGGCGGUGA